UCCAUACCUUAGCAACCGGCGGUUCGGCGCCCGUCCCGGGGUGUUUCACCAGUAAUCUGCUGUGGACCGUAAUACCGGGCUACUAAUUGACGGGCUUGAUGAUGAAUCGCUCUCUCGAUCGCUUUCAGGGAGGACCCGAACUGCUUAGGGUCUCAGUCUGCAGUGUUGCACUUUCCUCAGUUUCCUGCCCGCAACAAUGGGCGAAGAUCAGAACCGGCCUUCGUCGGCAACAUUCAUCGUCGAGCCGUCAACUCGCCACACACACAGCUUCAUCCUGCUCCACGGCCUGGGCUCUAACGGAGAGAAAUUCGGCAGAGAGCUCAUCGAGAGCGGCGUUUGCUCCGACGGCAGGACGCUGCCUGAGAUCUUCCCGGGAGCGAGAUUCAUCUUUCCGACGUCGAAGCGGCGUCGGUCCAGCGCAUUCGGCCGAGCGAUGUUGACGCAGUGGUUCGACAUCGCGUCGCUGGAUGAUCCGUCCCAUCGCAGCCACAAGCAAGUCAAGGGCCUCCAGGAGUCAUCCCGAGAGAUCCUCGACCUCGUCGACCAGGAAUCUGCCAAGGUCCCGCGCGAGAACAUCAUCCUCGGCGGCAUCAGCCAGGGCUGUGCCAUGGGACUUGUCUGCCUGCUCGCCAUGGAGUCUCCCGUUGGCCGCUUUGUCGGCAUGAGCGGCUGGCUGCCAUUCAGGCAUGAGAUUGAUCCGAUCAUGGGGCUGGAUGAGGAUGAAAGUGAGAGCAAUGAGCAUGGCACCGACCAAGACGACGACGACAUAUUUGGCUGCGCGGAUACUGACGACCCGUCCGCAACACCCUCAAAACCCAGCGGAGAUGAGCAGAAGCCAGUCGUCAAGGUCCUAGCACGUGUUAGGGAUCUGCUCUCUCUCGACAGCACAGAAAGUCCGUGCACAGACAAGUCGGCACUCACAACGCCCAUCUUCCUCGGCCAUGGGGAAGCGGACGAAAAGAUCAGACACUCUCUCGGGGUCGGCGCACACCGGACAUUGACGUCCCUGGGAUUCCAAGCCUCGCUGAGGAGCUACAAGGGCUUGGGCCACUGGUACAAAAUCCCGGACGAGAUUGACGACAUCGUGGCAUUCAUCCAGCAUGGGGCCUCACUGCCAGCAGCUGGGGAAUCCUGAGUCCCCGGGCGCAAACGUCCAGUCAGACUAGUACAUGUACCAGUACUGGCGGAAAUGAAAGACCCGAGGUCCUAGAAUUUGAACUUAGGCGUGUUUA